AUGUCAGAAGAGGAUAAGAUUGAAAAUAUCAUCGGUCGUUUUGGAAAAUAUCAAAGAUGGAUUCUUUUUCUGGUGACUAUCAGUCGACUUCCUACUGAUUACCAAUUAGUGAAUGUUGUGUUUCUGUUACCUAAUGUGCAAUACACAUGUCUGGAUGAAGAAGCUUAUAACCAAACCAACCAUUGUCCUUGUAAAAAUCCACAAUAUGAUCUAAGUGAUAUUGGGAAUUCUGUGACAAGCACAUUUGGACUUAUAUGUGAAAAACGUCACCUAGCCAGUUUAGCGCAAUCAACCCUACAAGCUGGAAUUUUAGUUGGUAGUAUCUUCUACGGAUAUCUCUCUGACAGGUAUGGCCGUAAAAUUGCAGUUUCCGCUGCACUUUUCUGCGAAGUUGUUUUUGUGUCAUUAUCCGCAGUUACAACGCAUUUUUGGUUGUUCGUAGCCACGCGGUUCCUAAUGGGAACUGCGGUAGGAGGAACAAUGCUUUGUGCUUUCAUAAUGCUUGUGGAACUUAGCGGAAAAUCAUUCAGACCAUAUCUAGCGGGCAUGAUUGAUCUCUCUCUUGUUAUAUCAUAUUUGACACUUCCAAUAAUAUCAUACUUUUUGAGAGAUUGGAGAAAAUUGCAACUAGUACUGUCGUUACCUUGGUUGUAUGUUGCACUCAUCUAUUUCGUUCUGCCAGAAUCACCAAGAUGGCUUAUAACUACAGGACAGAAAGAUAAAGCUGUGGAGAUCUUAUCUUAUAUCGCUAAAUGGAACAAUCGCUCAACAGAAAAUAUACGAGCAGUUGUUGAAAACUUAGUAUGUGAAGAAGAAAUUAGAAAUAGACAACAACAACACGUUAUAGGCCAAGCCGGUGCCCUUACAGCAUUUGAUCAAAUAUAUUUGUAUUCAUCAGAAGUAUUUCCUACUAUUAUUAGAAACUCAGCAAUGGGAUUUGCUUCAGUGUUUGCUAGGUUUGGUGGUUUUGUUGCGCCAUUUGUAGUUAAUAUUGGAACAGAAUGGAUUUCUAUAGUCAUAUUUAGUUUAUUAGCGUCGUUUGGUGGCAUUUCGUGUUAUUUUUUACCCGAAACAAAAGGUAAAGUUCUCUUAAAUACCAUAGAUGAAACUGAAAAGUGUAAUAAAUUUUCACCAUCUACUGAUUCAGACUAA